AUGCCAUCCUCAAAGACGCCGUUAGAAGUUGAUGAUGUCACCAUCACCAGCUUCACCGUUACCGACAUCAGAUUCCCCACUAGUCUAGACGGAGUUGGAUCAGACGCUAUGCAUGUUGGCACGAAUGGGUCGCAUCCAUACAUCCAACUUCAUACCAAUCACCGUGAUUUGAUCGGUGAAGGCAUUGCUUUCAGCAACGGUCGCGGAAGCGAGCUUAUUUGCAUGGCUCUUGACAUCUUCGCUAAACGCGUAGUUGGAAACACAAUGCAUGAGUUGACUCGGAACAUGGGCAAGACCUGGCGAUAUAUGGUCUCCGACUCCCAAUACAGAUGGAUCGGUCCUGAGAAGAGCGUGACGCAUUUGGCUGUUGCUGGCGUACUAAAUGCCGUCUGGGAUCUCUGGGGCAAGAUAUUAGGUCUUCCUGUGUGGCAGAUCGUAUGUGAGAUGAAUCCUGAGGAGAUUGUCCGCUGCAUCGAUUUCAGGUAUAUCACCGACGUCAUCACACCAGAAGAGGCUAUCGCUAUGCUUCAAAAGACUGCUAAAGGCAAAGAGGAACGCUUGAAGGAGGCAUUCGACAAUAUUGCCGUACCAGCCUAUACGACAUCCGCCGGAUGGAUGGCGUUCUCUGGCGAAAGGAUGAAAGAGGUACUGCAUGAGACAUUGGCGCAGGGUUAUAAGGUCUUCAAGUUCAAAGUCGGGACCAGCAUCGAGGCUGAUAGAGAAAGAUUGUCUGCUGUGAGAGACGUCCUGGGUUACGGUAAUGACUACCAGAUCAUGAUUGAUGCUAAUCAGGCAAAGCCAACAAAUCCAGACGACGUGCUCGGACACGCAGCUAUUCGCAAGGCGCUGAAGCCGUAUGGCGUUGGUGUUGCAACCGGCGAGGCAGCACAAAACAGAGUCACUUUCAAGCAGUUACUGCAAGCUGAAGCAACUGACGUUGUCCAAAUCGAUGCUGUUAGACUUGGUAGCGUUAACGAAUGUCUUGCGGUCAUGCUGAUGGCCCUCAAGUUCAAUAUCCCAUGCGUUCCACACAAUGGUGCAAUGGGCUUGACAGAACUCACGUCCCAUCUCAGCACGAUUGACUAUGUUGCUAUCAGUGGGCGCAAGUCAAUGCUGGAAAACGCCGACAGCCACCGCGAGAACUUGCGACAUCCCUCAAAAAUUGUCAAUACUCACUACGUCACGCCAUUAUCACCAGGCUACUCUACAGGCUACACUGAUGAGGCGCUUGAAAAGUAUACUUAUCCUGAUGGCAAGUUCUGGUCAUCUGAAAUUGGGUUGAAGAUUAUCGCGCAGCCCACGGGUGGCGAGCUCUAA